AUGGAAAAACAAAAUGCAAGACUGGAGAAUCGAGCGACACAGGACCUAUGCGAAUGGAUAGGUAAAACUGGUCAUUCGGAUACUACUUUGAUGAGGGGUGUGAGGUGGGGGGGUUCUGAGGGGGGUGGGGCGCCAGGUGGAGGGGGGGGGGGGGGGGGGGGGGGGGGGGGGGGGGGGGGGGGGGGGGGGGGGGGGGGGGGGGGGGGGGGGGGGGGGGGGGGGGGGGGGGGGGGGGGGGGGGGGGGGGGGGGGGGGGGGGGGGGGGGGGGGGGGGGGGGGGGGGGGGGGGGGGGGGGGGGGGGGGGGGGGGGGGGGGGGGGGGGGGGGGGGGGGGGGGGGGGGGGGGGGGGGGGGGGGGGGGGGGGGGGGGGGGGGGGGGGGGGGGGGGGGGGGGGGGGGGGGGGGGGGGGGGGGGGGGGGGGGGGGGGGGGGGGGGGGGGGGGGGGGGGGGGGGGGGGGGGGGGGGGGGGGGGGGGGGGGGGGGGGGGGGGGGGGGGGGGGGGGGGGGGGGGGGGGGGGGGGGGGGGGGGGGGGGGGGGGGGGGGGGGGGGGGGGGGGGGGGGGGGGGGGGGGGGGGGGGGGGGGGGGGGGGGGGGGGGGGGGGGGGGGGGGGGGGGGGGGGGGGGGGGGGGGGGGGGGGGGGGGGGGGGGGGGGGGGGGGGGGGGGGGGGGGGGGGGGGGGGGGGGGGGGGGGGGGGGGGGGGGGGGGGGGGGGGGGGGGGGGGGGGGGGGGGGGGGGGGGGGGGGGGGGGGGGGGGGGGGGGGGGGGGGGGGGGGGGGGGGGGGGGGGGGGGGGGGGGGGGGGGGGGGGGGGGGGGGGGGGGGGGGGGGGGGGGGGGGGGGGGGGGGGGGGGGGGGGGGGGGGGGGGGGGGGGGGGGGGGGGGGGGGGGGGGGGGGGGGGGGGGGGGGGGGGGGGGGGGGGGGGGGGGGGGGGGGGGGGGGGGGGGGGGGGGGGGGGGGGGGGGGGGGGGGGGGGGGGGGGGGGGGGGGGGGGGGGGGGGGGGGGGGGGGGGGGGGGGGGGGGGGGGGGGGGGGGGGGGGGGGGGGGGGGGGGGGGGGGGGGGGGGGGGGGGGGGGGGGGGGGGGGGGGGGGGGGGGGGGGGGGGGGGGGGGGGGGGGGGGGGGGGGGGGGGGGGGGGGGGGGGGGGGGGGGGGGGGGGGGGGGGGGGGGGGGGGGGGGGGGGGGGGGGGGGGGGGGGGGGGGGGGGGGGGGGGGGGGGGGGGGGGGGGGGGGGGGGGGGGGGGGGGGGGGGGGGGGGGGGGGGGGGGGGGGGGGGGGGGGGGGGGGGGGGGGGGGGGGGGGGGGGGGGGGGGGGGGGGGGGGGGGGGGGGGGGGGGGGGGGGGGGGGGGGGGGGGGGGGGGGGGGGGGGGGGGGGGGGGGGGGGGGGGGGGGGGGGGGGGGGGGGGGGGGGGGGGGGGGGGGGGGGGGGGGGGGGGGGGGGGGGGGGGGGGGGGGGGGGGGGGGGGGGGGGGGGGGGGGGGGGGGGGGGGGGGGGGGGGGGGGGGGGGGGGGGGGGGGGGGGGGGGGGGGGGGGGGGGGGGGGGGGGGGGGGGGGGGGGGGGGGGGGGGGGGGGGGGGGGGGGGGGGGGGGGGGGGGGGGGGGGGGGGGGGGGGGGGGGGGGGGGGGGGGGGGGGGGGGGGGGGGGGGGGGGGGGGGGGGGGGGGGGGGGGGGGGGGGGGGGGGGGGGGGGGGGGGGGGGGGGGGGGGGGGGGGGGGGGGGGGGGGGGGGGGGGGGGGGGGGGGGGGGGGGGGGGGGGGGGGGGGGGGGGGGGGGGGGGGGGGGGGGGGGGGGGGGGGGGGGGGGGGGGGGGGGGGGGGGGGGGGGGGGGGGGGGGGGGGGGGGGGGGGGGGGGGGGGGGGGGGGGGGGGGGGGGGGGGGGGGGGGGGGGGGGGGUGGGGGGGGGGGGGGGGGGGGGGGGGGGGGGGGGGGGGGGGGGGGGGGGGGGGGGGGGGGGGGGGGGGGGGGGGGGGGGGGGGGGGGGGGGGGGGGGGGGGGGGGGGGGGGGGGGGGGGGGGGGGGGGGGGGGGGGGGGGGGGGGGGGGGGGGGGGGGGGGGGGGGGGGGGGGGGGGGGGGGGGGGGGGGGGGGGGGGGGGGGGGGGGGGGGGGGGGGGGGGGGGGGGGGGGGGGGGGGGGGGGGGGGGGGGGGGGGGGGGGGGGGGGGGGGGGGGGGGGGGGGGGGGGGGGGGGGGGGGGGGGGGGGGGGGGGGGGGGGGGGGGGGGGGGGGGGGGGGGGGGGGGGGGGGGGGGGGGGGGGGGGGGGGGGGGGGGGGGGGGGGGGGGGGGGGGGGGGGGGGGGGGGGGGGGGGGGGGGGGGGGGGGGGGGGGGGGGGGGGGGGGGGGGGGGGGGGGGGGGGGGGGGGGGGGGGGGGGGGGGGGGGGGGGGGGGGGGGGGGGGGGGGGGGGGGGGGGGGGGGGGGGGGGGGGGGGGGGGGGGGGGGGGGGGGGGGGGGGGGGGGGGGGGGGGGGGGGGGGGGGGGGGGGGGGGGGGGGGGGGGGGGGGGGGGGGGGGGGGGGGGGGGGGGGGGGGGGGGGGGGGGGGGGGGGGGGGGGGGGGGGGGGGGGGGGGGGGGGGGGGGGGGGGGGGGGGGGGGGGGGGGGGGGGGGGGGGGGGGGGGGGGGGGGGGGGGGGGGGGGGGGGUGGGGGGGGGGGGGGGGGGGGGGGGGGGGGGGGGGGGGGGGGGGGGGGGGGGGGGGGGGGGGGGGGGGGGGGGGGGGGGGGGGGGGGGGGGGGGGGGGGGGGGGGGGGGGGGGGGGGGGGGGGGGGGGGGGGGGGGGGGGGGGGGGGGGGGGGGGGGGGGGGGGGGGGGGGGGGGGGGGGGGGGGGGGGGGGGGGGGGGGGGGGGGGGGGGGGGGGGGGGGGGGGGGGGGGGGGGGGGGGGGGGGGGGGGGGGGGGGGGGGGGGGGGGGGGGGGGGGGGGGGGGGGGGGGGGGGGGGGGGGGGGGGGGGGGGGGGGGGGGGGGGGGGGGGGGGGGGGGGGGGGGGGGGGGGGGGGGGGGGGGGGGGGGGGGGGGGGGGGGGGGGGGGGGGGGGGGGGGGGGGGGGGGGGGGGGGGGGGGGGGGGGGGGGGGGGGGGGGGGGGGGGGUGGGGGGGGGGGGGGGGGGGGGGGGGGGGGGGGGGGGGGGGGGGGGGGGGGGGGGGGGGGGGGGGGGGGGGGGGGGGGGGGGUGGGGGGGGGGGGGGGGGGGGGGGGGGGGGGGGGGGGGGGGGGGGGGGGGGGGGGGGGGGGGUGGGGGGGGGGGGGGGGGGGGGGGGGGGGGGGGGGGGGGGGGGGGGGGGGGGGGGGGGGGGGGGGGGGGGGGGGGGUGGGGGGGGGGGGGGGGGGGGGGGGGGGGGGGGGGGGGGGGGGGGGGGGGGGGGGGGGGGGGGGGGGGGGGGGGGGGGGGGGGGGGGGGGGGGGGUGGGGGGGGGGGGGGGGGGGGGGGGGGGGGGGGGGGGGGGGGGGGGGGGGGGGGGGGGGGGGGGGGGGGGGGGGGGGGGGGGGGGGGGGGGGGGGGGGGGGGGGGGGGGGGGGGGGGGGGGGGGGGGGGGGGGGGGGGGGGGGGGGGGGGGGGGGGGGGGGGGGGGGGGGGGGGGGGGGGGGGGGGGGGGGGGGGGGGGGGGGGGGGGGGGGGGGGGGGGGGGGGGGGGGGGGGGGGGGGGGGGGGGGGGGGGGGGGGGGGGGGGGGGGGGGGGGGGGGGGGGGGGGGGGGGGGGGGGGGGGGGGGGGGGGGGGGGGGGGGGGGGGGGGGGGGGGGGGGGGGGGGGGGGGGGGGGGGGGGGGGGGGGGGGGGGGGGGGGGGGGGGGGGGGGGGGGGGGGGGGGGGGGGGGGGGGGGGGGGGGGGGGGGGGGGGGGGGGGGGGGGGGGGGGGGGGGGGGGGGGGGGGGGGUGGGGGGGGGGGGGGGGGGGGGGGGGGGGGGGGGGGGGGGGGGGGGGGGGGGGGGGGGGGGGCGGGGGGGGGGGGGGGGGGGGGGGGGGGGGGGGGGGGGGGGGGGGGGGGGGGGGGGGGGGGGGGGGGGGGGGGGGGGGGGGGGGGGGGGGGGGGGGGGGGGGGGGGGGGGGGGGGGGGGGGGGGGGGGGGGGGGGGGGGGGGGGGGGGGGGGGGGGGGGGGGGGGGGGGGGGGGGGGGGGGGGGGGGGGGGGGGGGGGGGGGGGGGGGGGGGGGGGGGGGGGGGGGGGGGGGGGGGGGGGGGGGGGGGGGGGGGGGGGGGGGGGGGGGGGGGGGGGGGGGGGGGGGGGGGGGGGGGGGGGGGGGGGGGGUGGGGGGGGGGGGGGGGGGGGGGGGGGGGGGGGGGGGGGGGGGGGGGGGGGGGGGGGGGGGGGGGGGGGGGGGGGGGGGGGGGGGGGGGGGGGGGGGGGGGGGGUGGGGGGGGGGGGGGGGGGGGGGGGGGGGGGGGGGGGGGGGGGGGGGGGGGGGGGGGGGGGGGGGGGGGGGGGGGGGGGGGGGGGGGGGGGGGGGGGGGGGGGGGGGGGGGGGGGGGGGGGGGGGGGGGGGGGGGGGGGGGGGGGGGGGGGGGGGGGGGGGGGGGGGGGGGGGGGGGGGGGGGGGGGGGGGGGGGGGGGGGGGGGGGGGGGGGGGGGGGGGGGGGGGGGGGGGGGGGGGGGGGGGGGGGGGGGGGGGGGGGGGGGGGGGGGGGGGGGGGGGGGGGGGGGGGGGGGGGGGGGGGGGGGGGGGGGGGGGGGGGGGGGGGGGGGGGGGGGGGGUGGGGGGGGGGGGGGGGGGGGGGGGGGGGGGGGGGGGGGGGGGGGGGGGGGGGGGGGGGGGGGGGGGGGGGGGGGGGGGGGGGGGGGGGGGGGGGGGGGGGGGGGGGGGGGGGGGGGGGGGGGGGGGGGGGGGGGGGGGGGGGGGGGGGGGGGUGGGGGGGGGGGGGGGGGGGGGGGGGGGGGGGGGGGGGGGGGGGGGGGGGGGGGGGGGGGGGGGGGGGGGGGGGGGGGGGGGGGGGGGGGGGGGGGGGGGGGGGGGGGGGGGGGGGGGGGGGGGGGGGGGGGGGGGGGGGGGGGGGGGGGGGGGGGGGGGGGGGGGGGGGGGGGGGGGGGGGGGGGGGGGGGGGGGGGGGGGGGGGGGGGGGGGGGGGGGGGGGGGGGGGGGGGGGGGGGGGGGGGGGGGGGGGGGGGGGGGGGGGGGGGGGGGGGGGGGGGGGGGGGGGGGGGGGGGGGGGGGGGGGGGGGGGGGGGGGGGGGGGGGGGGGGGGGGGGGGGGGGGGGGGGGGGGGGGGGGGGGGGGGGGGGGGGGGGGGGGGGGGGGGGGGGGGGGGGGGGGGGGGGGGGGGGGGGGGGGGGGGGGGGGGGGGUGGGGGGGACUUAUGA